CCUUGAAACAGGGGAUUUGCAUUCAAGACUCAUUCCUAUAAUCUCUCUAACUUAUUCUAAUGACAACUCACGCCAACAGCCUUCAUGCAAGAAACUUUUCCUCCUUUUUUUCCGGAAUAUUACAGGAUAAACAUACAACGUUGAGUUUAAAAAUCAGGUUUGAGUCAAAGUUUGGUGACGAUCCAUGAUGCUGAUGCUGCUUUUCGCAAAGAGAGGGUGUGAACACAAAACAGAUGCAACCUAACAGUCUCAAGAGCUUUGGUUUCUCUUCACAAGCCACUCUCACAAUUUAUAUAUCAUUAUUUUUACCCCCCAAAAAUUGAUAGAACUUUGCCCCUCAUUUCCAUUUUCCCUUGUCGUGCACGGACACAGAGAGAUUAGUAGAGACAGAUCCCUGUUUUCCAGUCCUGUCCAAUUUACAGUGGGAAAACACCCGGGUCCCACGCCUCAAGUAGUUCCCUCCAGCUAAGGUAGUUGCAAGUUGUUCAAUCCCCAAACCCCUUUCUUUUGCACACGGAUAACGAUGCCAUUGAGGGGAGAGAGCCCAAAUCUAGAGAGGAUGAGAGGUUUGAUCUUGAGAGGUCGCGAUGGCCGAAAAUGUUAGGUUCGAUCUUGAGAGGAGAGAGCCCAGAUUUGAGAGUGUGAACUUGAGAGGAGAGAGCCCAGAUCUUGCGAGGAGGAGAGGUUAGAUCUUGAAGUUCUGAAGCUCGGUCAAAUUUGGCGGAAUGUGAUUAGAGAGUAGAGAUGGGCUUCUGAAGUCUUGAGCGUGCAGAGCUGGUAGUAGACAGAUCUUAUAGCCAGUGAUCGAACUUAAAGAACAAGCUAGGCCGCAUGGCUUUAAAACUCACGAACAGCUGCUCCAGUACCUUUCAGACAUCCCUUCCGAUUUCACUCAUUAAAAAUACUCAGCCACCUACGAGGGCUCGAAGAUCUCCCAAGUUUUCUAUGACUUCCACCGGCCUCUACCAUAAGUACUCUAGUUUUAGAGGGACUAAUAUGAUCUCUUUUGGGGGCCGUCCUAGUACUAAAGCCAUGUAUGCUCCCAGAGCCCGCACCAUGCCACUAGAAAAGGUAGAAAUAUUCAAGUCCAUGGAGGAUUGGGCUAGAAGGAAUGUCUUAACCUUCCUAAAACCAGUUGAGCAAUCUUGGCAACCACAAGAUUUUUUGCCAGAUCCUACGUCAGAUGGAUUUGUAGAGCAAGUCAAUGAAUUGAGAAAGAGAACAAAGGACAUUCCGAAUGACUAUUUUGUUGUCUUGGUUGGCGAUAUGAUCACAGAAGAAGCCCUUCCAACUUACCAUGCUGCUAUCAAUGGCACGGAAAUUUAUCGUGAUGAAACAGGUGUGGACAAGACACCUUGGGCAAUAUGGGCCAAGGGAUGGAGUGCAGAAGAAAAUAGACAUGGCGAUCUUCUCAACAAGUAUCUCUUCCUUUCUGGACGAGUGGACAUGAAACAAAUCGAGAAAACAAUUCAUUAUCUGAUCAGAUCAGGAAUGGAUAUUGGCUUAGGGGGCAACCCCUACCUUUUCACCAUCUACACAUCGUUCCAAGAAAGAGCAACAUUUAUCACCCAUGGUAAUACAGCCAAGCUUGCAAUGAAACAUGGGGACAAGAUGCUUGCUCAAAUAUGUGGAACAAUUGCUUCGGAUGAAAAGCGCCACGAAGCUGCUUAUACCAAUAUAGUAGAGAAACUCUUCGAGCUGGAUCCAAAUGAAACAGUCAUGGCCUUUGCCGACUUGAUGAGGAGGAAAAUAUUAAUGCCAGCCCACUUAAUGUACGAUGGACAAGACCAUGAUCUUUUCCAUCACUUUGCCAAUGUCGCCUCUCGCACUGGAGUGUACACGGCCAGGGAUUACAGAGAAAUACUCGAACAUCUGGUUGUAAGAUGGAACGUGGAGAAGCUAACUGGACUUUCGGGAGAGGGACGAGAGGCCCAAGGCUAUGUUUGUGGAUUGGCCCAAAGAAUAAGAAGACUAGAGGAGAAAGCUCUCGCAAAGGCUCAAAAAUCACCCAACGUUUCCUUCAGUUGGAUUUCUGGCAUGUAGUCUAUUAUAUAUAUGAAAAAUACUUAGCAACAAAUAAAUUAGGUAAAAAUAAAUUUACAUAUUGAUAUAAUUUAAUGUAAUAUAUCAGAUUGUAAAAUUAUUUUUAUUAUAAAAUAUAUCUAACGAAUCCUAUGAAGAUAUGUUAAUUUA